AAGAUUGAUUUGUUAAACUUUGAAUUAGAUUUGGGUCACCCUUGUCAAACUGAUCAAUUCAUUCGGUAUUCUUAGGUAACCUUGCUAGGGUAGACAUGUUAAUAUAUGGAGAAUCAAAAAAAGAAAGAAAAAAAAAAAGUGGAAAAAAUAAUCAUGCCACAAGACAUCGGCGGAAAGUGGGCUACUCAUGAGGAUCGGUAACAGCAUCCAUCCAAUGGCUGCAUUGCUUAAUCCGACGGUUUUGAUUUGCCUAUCCCAUAAAUGGUAAGGAAGAAUUUGAAAAGCAAUAAAAUUAGGUUUCUAUAGGAGACAUGGCCAAAGUUUGGAUAAGCGCUAUGAUUAAUAGUGCGUCAAGGUUACUCGCCCCCAAGAAGGCAACUAAUAGGAUUUGGAUCCCCAGUCGAUUAGCUGUUUCACCUUUUUAACCCCCAAGAGGCCGGUUUGCCGAUUGCCACCUUCCUAAAAAAAAGAUGCGGAGACUUAUUAACAGCUGGCCGGAGUAGGAGAUUUGACUAGGAGUCCACUUCCCUUCCACGAUAUCGACGCCUUCGGAGAUCAAAACUUUAUAUCCCUCUAUAUCUUAUGGUUUGAUUUAUUCCUUCUAUGUUCUCUUUCUGGCCUCUUUCGUUCCCAGGUUUUUGUGCUCAAGCUUCUGCUCCCUCGUCAAGGAAGAAAGAAAUAAAAGUAUUCUCUUCUGGUUUUUAGUCGUUUCUAUCUUGUUCUCAGAGUGAGAAUGAGAAUGUUUCGAUCACCUGGUCUUGCAAUCUUGUGUGGGAGCUUUCUGGCUUGAGAACGUUAUAAAGUUUUCUCCUCCUCUUUCUGUGCUGCUGCUGUUGGUUAGCUAUCUGAAGAGCUUCUGCUAUUUUGUAUGUCUUCAACACCGGAUCCCUUAGUUUCCUAUCAUGAGUUGGAGCUAAAGAUUAUAAAGAUUGCACAUACUGCUCUCUAAGAGCUAUCUCAUAGCUGCAAGAAGAUACCACCGGUGGAUAAGCUGCAAUUGAGGAAGAAACUACAGGUGGAUUGGUGAAUUUUGUCAAUCUAAAGAAGAAGAAAGUGAUUUCGAAAAGCUGAUAAUAACAGGGCUACAGAUAAGAUUAAAGUUUUCGAAGGAUAGACACCAUAAUGGAGUACUUUGCGAUACUUCAUCUUUGGACCAGAGCUUAACAGCCCUAGACAGUCCAGUAGAAGCUUGGAGUGACACUGAAGAAGGUGAAAUUAUUGGAAGUUCAGACGCUUAAGCCGAAUCAAAACAAUAGUAAUGGAUUUCCUUCAAGCACUAGAAGAGAAUAUUGCUGAUCAUAAAGCAGUCUCUCAUGAUCCCAGAAAAAGAAAACAGAUAGAAGAUAGCACUUGCAGGCUUUGUGGAAAGAAUUUCCAAUCGAUGAAGUCAUUGUAUGGUCAUAUGAGAUGCCAUAGAAGAAAUUGGAAAGGAGUAAGUCCACCCGAGGAGAACACACCGGUACAAAUAACACCAAAACAAAGUUCCAGCCUACCAGCUGUUGAUUUCAGUGGUUCCCAUCAAGUUUUGCCACCAACAAAAUGGUCCAAUCCCAGGUAUGAAGAGGAAUCGGAGGAUCCAUUAAUCAAUGCUGCCUACAAUCUUAUGCUUUUGGCCAAUGGAGGUUUCUCUGUGGCUUCAACUCUAACAAGGCAACAACAAAAAAGAAUUACUUCACCAGAUGAUCCAAGAGUCAUAAACAAUGAGGAUGAUCAGAAAAUCAGCACUCAGCUAGAUUCCAUGAAUGUAAAUUCUACAUCCAUGGAUGUAGAUAAGAUUGAAGGCUCGAAUCAAAACAUUCAUAAAUCGACGAUCGGCUACAAUAGAACAGUAGGCAUAUCGAGCAUGAGUCAAUCAGCAAUCCAUGAGCCAACAAAGAAGAUGAAUGAUUCGGAAAUACUGACCGACUUGGCCCCAAACAGAAAGCAAUAUUGGUGCAACAUCUGCAACAAGUCUUUCUCUUCUCACCAAGCACUUGGAGGUCAUACAUCCAGCCACAAAGUUGGUUUGCCCAUCAAAGUCUCGGAGCACCAGUGCAAUAUCUGUAGUUUGACAUUCCCAACAGGGCAGGCUCUUGGUGGACACAAGCGGAAGCAUUGGUCGGGUCCAGAUAGUUCUGUUGCACCCUCAUUGGAGACUACUGAGAAACCAAUUCAUCCUCAUCUAGACAUCUAUCUCAAUGAGCCAAGACAGCUCGAAUAGCUUGCAGGACUUCGCUUAGAGGAAGGAUAGCAGUGUGUAUGCCAGUUCAAGUUACAAAUAAGUCAGAAAAAAAGGGGGAAGGGGGCAAAAAAAUGUAGAUAUAUGAAAAUUAUGUUUCUGUUAGAGUAUUAUUUUGCUUUUUAGUUAUU